AUGUACGUGGCCGAAACCGUCACCGCGGACGGAAAACUAGAGAUACCUUUCCCUGCGGGGACAGGGUGUGAGGGUAGUAAGUCAGUAUUAAAUUCAAAACGUCUCCACGUCCAGGACAGAAUUUCGGGACAAAUAUUUUUAAUAGAUACGGGUUCAGACAUCUCCCUCUUGCCUGUAGCCAGGAAUUGCAAGCCCGUGGCCAGUGGUCUGCGGCUCUAUGCCGCGAACAAUACGCGUGUCGACACGUAUGGCGAGUCGACGCGCACCAUUGAAAUCGGUCUACGACGACCGAUCACAUGGAAUUUUUGCGUAGCAGACGUGCCAUACCCGAACGUAGGUGCUGAUUUGUUGACGCACUACGGCAUCACCGUGGACUUGAGAGGGCCUAAAAUAAUAGAUGCGCUGACCAAAUUGCAAAUUUGGUGCACGACAAAGAACGUGAACCACGUCUCGACGCACACCGUUGAUCGCUCAUCGGGAAUCGCGGGCAUAUUACUCGAAUUUCCGGAAGUGACGGGAAUAUCCCAAACAGUUCCGCUACAGGAACGUGGGGUAUUCCAUUACAUUCAGACCAAAGGGCAUCCGGUUGCCUCGCGCGCUAGGCGCCUCGCACCAGGCAAACUCAGAGCAGCUAAGCUGGAGUUUCGACAUCUGAUGGAGGCUGGGUCCCCAAAAAAGAUGGGGAAUGGAGAGUGUGCGGGGAUUAUCACGCGUUAA